UCAAUCAGAUUUUAGAGAUAAGCAAACAAGAGGAGGAUGGGUAUGUUCCUCAUCAGAAUGGCACCAUCAAUUCAUCACUUCCUUCUGCUAUCGUUAUUAUUGUUGUCAAUUAGUUCCGGCUGCUGCUGUGCCGACGGCGUCGAUGACAUCGGCCCUUGGGAAUGUUCCUUCGUAAAUAAUUAUACAGAUGGUGAUCCAUUCAAGACCAAUCUCGAUAAACUACUGACUUCUCUCUCAGCCAAUGCACCGACCACGGGCUUCUACAAAGACACAGUCGGCAAUAAGUCGAACAAGGUUUACGGCCUUGUCCAAUGCAGGGGUGAUAUUUCGGGAGUAGAUUGUGCCAAAUGCAUCAAUAACGCAACAAAACAAGUACUCCACGAUUGCUCGAAUAGCAAGAGAGUGCAGGUUUGGUUGACCAAGUGUUACCUGCAUUAUUCAGAUGAGAAUUUCUUUGGCAAUUUAGGUAUGUCGUCGGGAUCCAUGGCUGUAAGCUAUUCAACAGAUUAUGACGAUGCUUUUGUGGCUUUACAAGGAGUGACGUUGAUGACUAAACUUGCAACUACCACUCCAAAUCAGGCGCUGAUGUUCCAGACAACAAUCAUUGAUGCUGGCAAAAAUGGGAAAAGGUAUGGCAUGGCUCAGUGCACAAGAGAUCUGAAUAGGGCCGACUGUGGGAAAUGCUUGGACAAACUAAUGCUCGAUCUGGGUUCAAGCAGCUACAACAAACGAGGAUGGGAGAUUUUUACAAUGAGUUGUCGUAUGUGGUACAACGAUUACCAACUCUUCUCCGCCAACUAUUCCUUGCCUUCCAAUCGAGGUACAAGGAAGGUCUUAUCUCAAAGAGUUCAAGUUUCCUUAAUUGCUUUCUUGAUGCUUAUGGUGCUAAAUGUUUUCUAAUCGUUUAUACUAUGUUUGUGUAAAGUUGAUGAAAAUCUCUUAUUU